AUGCUGGAUGAUAAAUACGUACAAAUGUUAAUAUCGAAAAAUGUAAAAGCAAAAAAUAGGGUAGACAAAAAAGGUGAAGCUUGGGAAGAAAAGGGGAAAACAAACAAGUAUAUUCUACACCUGCAGAAGCUAUACAAAGAGUUCAAGUUCGAGGAAUGCUUAAAUUAUGGAUUAGAAAAUAUCGAAAAAUUAAAAAAAAAAAAUUAUGUAGGAAAAAUUGAAUUCUUAAAGAUAAUAGGAAAUGUUUAUUUUUAUUUAGAAAAUUAUAAGUACAGCUCCCUUACGUAUAUUUUGUUGUCCAAAUAUUUGAACAAAGUCUCCGAUGGAUAUAAAGUAGAAAUCUGUUACAAUGCUGGGGUUGUGUUUAUAAGAUAUUUCAUGCAGAGCAAUGACAUUAGUUACUACUUGAAUGCCAAAACGUCAUUUCAUUGUUCGAUGUUGUAUAAUGAAAAAGGCAGUAAACACUUUAAUCCAACGAUUUAUGAAAACACUGUGGGAAUACUCAGGCGACAUUUCCCCUUAGGCGUAAAGGAACAGACGAAGGAGGUGGACGAUCAGAAUAGCCUUUUUGCUAAUUCGUCUUAUGAGAAUAUUUUUUUGGAGAGCUGUACAGAUUUGACUGCUUCGUCCGAUGAGAAGGAUGAAGCGGUGGAGCGAGAAGCGAAGGACUCCCAAGUGGAAGACCCUCAGACAAAGGAGUUCUUUUCCCUUGCGGAGUCCAAAUCGUGCACACAUAAAAGCGAGACGCACAAGUGGGAUGGGGAUGCCAAAGGGGGGAAAGGAAAAAACCAGGAGGGUGAAGAGGACGUCUAUUUUGACUCGAACAAUACAGAAACGUUUUCGAUUUAUGACGACAGUGUUGACAUGCGAAAUUUCGUCUUAAGGAAAAGUGACGCCCUGGCGAAGCUGGAGGAGGAAGCCGCUUUGCUUGAUGAGAAAAAGGCCGCUCUGCCUGAGGAGAAAAAGGCCGCUCUGUCGAAGGAGGAAAAGUCGCCCAAUGGGAGAAGCACGCCAAAAAUACAGCUGAAAGAAGAUAGACAAGACCAAACGGUUUUGUCGGACCAUAACUUGGUGAACGUAUCAAAUGAGGAAAGCAAUAUGACCAACAAUUUUUGCAAUAAUUUGAAGAACAUAUUAUUUAGAAAUCCCGUAAACAGCUUCUUAAAAAAUUCUCCCCCCUCAAUUGUAAAAAGCAAAUCCACCAGUUUUUUAAAAAGCACUCCUGGAGGUAUCUUAAAGAGUGCUUCCCACAACAUUUUGAAAAAAUCGACUGACACCAUCAUUAGCAAUUCUCCCCUGAGCGUCCUGAAGAACAACGCCUCGCCAAUUUUUGGAAACAGUGUCUCCUACAAGCGAUUGUCGCAACAAAAGAGCAUCAUAAAAUGUAUGCAAAGGAGUACAGAUGAAAGGAUCGAUCAGGAAGGUCCUAAGACGCCGUCUAAUUCGAACGAGUGUAGAGCUUUUGACUUUAUUCCACCAAUUGAAAAUGAUUCAUUGCAACAUAAAAGGAGAAAGACUAAUGAGGAGACUCCUCUUUCUCGUUCUUGUGAAAAUAGUGUCGGAGUGGGUAGCGAUAUUUUUCUCUGGGCGAAGGAUAAUAAAAUGUGCACUUUUGAUUACUGCAGUGUUCAGGAGAAGGAAGAAAUAAGUGACAGCGUUGGAUAUGGUGCAAAGGGGGAUGUGCUGAUGGACAAAGCGAAGAGUGGCAACCUAAGGGAGGAAGAACAGGAGGGAAAGUUGCAGAGGGGUAGGACGAGAAGGGUUAAAGCGGAGAAGGACGCGAUGGAAGAAGGAGAAGUGGGAGAGGGGCAGAUCCAAAAUGACACGAUCAAACGGGGGAAGCCCAAAAGGGAGAAGCCCAAAAGGGAUAAAGACAAAAAAGGAAAGGCAGGGAAAGCCAAAGCAAGAAGACCGAGUGCCCUGUUCGAUGAACUCUUUUCAAAUGAAUCCUUCAAUGGAUCCAUUCUUAGCAAGGUAAGGAGAGCAUGCAAAGAAUAUCAGUCCCGUUUAAUCAGUGAAUAUUAUCACAUUUACCACUUGAAAAACAAGAAAAAAAAAGCGAAACAAAUUAUAAAACGGAAAAGAAUUGCGGAUUUGUUUCAUGAUAUAUAUGAAAUAUGUAAAAAGAACAAGCACGAGUUUUUCAUGAAAUUUGUUGAUCAAGAGACGCGUAGAAAGGGGGUGUCAGACGGAAGUAUAUCUCGACAGGGACGAGUGAGGAAGCGAAUUCUUACGAAUGAUAAGGGGAUUCGCAGUCGGGAAGAGAUAGAAUGCUGCACGGGUGAAGUUAGCCCCCAUGAGUGUAACGCAAAUUUGAAGAUGUUGGAUAAAGGUGAAGUGAGUAGAGAAGGCACCAGGAAAGGCAGCCUUCUCAUUCCUUUGGGAGCAGGUAGAGACCACUCGGUGAAGCAGGAGGAAAGGGGCGACGCGCCUCAUAGUCUACGUAAUUACGAAGGAGAGACGGUGGACCUUUUAGAAAUGAAUUGCGUGGAGAAAGGGGGGCACAAAAAGGAGCUCCAAUAUGAGCAAAGAAACGAUGUGGAGAGGCAAAGCACAUCCCCCUUCUUCGACUUGUCCCGCUUUGUCAAUCUGUACAGUGAGAUCAGGAGUAGCCGCAACUACACGCGCGGAGAGAAGUAUGAAAAGGAAAAAAAAGAGAUCGAAGAAGUGAUCAUCCUAAGUAUUAACAAAAUAAAUAAAAAAAGAAUCAGAGAUAAAGUAAAGAAAUUAAGUUCGUACAACAAUUCGAUCCUAUCCAACAUUGGCGACAAGUAUAUUGAUGACAUGGACGAAUUAUUUCUUAUAAAAAAUUAUGAAAAAAUUUUAAAAAGCAUCAAACGAAAUGACAGCAUAAGGCAUAUUUAUUAUUUAUAUGAAAAUAUGUAUGCCAUAGAUAAAUUCGAUCAUAUUAAUGGGAGUAAUUUUUUUAACAUUUCUCAUUUUAUUAUCGACAUUUUGUUGUUGAAACAGAUAAAACAGAAGGAUUAUUUGAAGAAAAAAAUGCACAAAAUGAAGUACUCUUACCAUAAUUUUUAUGCCAUUUAUGACGGCGCUGAUAGCGGCGCCCUUUUUAAGGACAUCCUAAGGAACCUGUUUAAUCCCCCCAUUAAAGACACCGUCAAGGGGGACCCUAAAACGUUGUCAACUCGUAUUAUGUGUACAAAGCACCCACAGGUGGGCCUCAAUUUUUUGCCUUUCAUUUUUAAAGAUAAAAGAAAAGAGGCUGACUUGAACGAACAGAAUGAUCCGUACAUUAACGUCAAAUUCAGUUCGACCACCACUGUUAAUAACAGCGACACAAAUUCGUACACAAAUCAGAAGAAGGAGGAACUCCUGGGGGAGAGGAUGAAUGAGGUGUUGUCCGGUGAAAGACACAACAGUGAGCAAGUGAGUGGCGGCGGGACGAACUCGUGUUUGUUUUUAAAAAACAAUUCCAGCGCAGUGGUGAAGGAGAGCGGCGCGAAGGAAGAGGACGUGAAGGAAGAGGACGUGAAGGAAGAUGACGCGAAGGAUAACGACGUGAAGGAAGAGGACGCAAAGGAAGACGACACGAAGGAAGACGACAUGAAGAGUGGCACAGGCGACACGAGUGAUACGACAGAUAGGAAUAAACUAAUUUUGCGUGAUAUCUUCAGCACGUCGAGCAGUAGCCAGCAUGGCGAAUCCAACGCGAAUAGCAUAGUCUGCAUGACGCGCGCAUUAAAGUGCGAAACGGAAAAGCUGUACCUCGAAAUGGGUAAGGAAGACGAGGAAAUUUUGGACGUAGAAAAAUUUUACGAACACAUGAAUUUGUCAAAUGCGAGUAGUGACGAAGGUAGGGCCAAGGCGGAAGAGAUUGUCCUGAUGCUCUUUUAUCACUACUGUGGUGAGGGGUGUGGAGGCGACUCUAGCGUCAGUAGCGACCGCAAAGUAAGUGACGAUCGGAGAGACAGUAGCGACCGCAAAGUAAAUGGUGAGCGCGUUGCUGAGUGCACCAUAAGAAGGGCCCUGUUUAAAAUAUUUUUCUUCUUCACAAGCAACGGCAUAAUUAAUAAAAAAAAUUUGCAAGAGUACGUCACCUUUUUGCGGCUGUACCAGUUUUAUCUGGCCAGUAUUAAGUGCGACCCUUUCAUCUACUUCUACCACAACAUUGAAAAGGACUCCGAGAAAAUAGUGAACUCCAUGAAGGGGAAAGAGGUAGUGCACCAAGAUUUUACGUCCUCCAUCAUGUUCGAUAAUUACCUAAAUGUGAUUCACUGCCAUUUGUACAUGCUAAAAUUGUUGCACAAGUCUUACCUGAAUAAGUUGAAGAGGAAAUACACAUACGAUAAAGUAAAUUUAGAAUCUAUGAUUAAUCACACUUUUAGCAUAUUAAAUUGCCUCCUAAUUAAGUACAGUUAUGAUGAAGAGUGUAGGGUGGUGAGACGGCGUGUGGUAUUUUUAUUUUUGAAGUUCCUUUAUCUGAACUCGAAAUAUUAUUUUAAAAAUGUAACUUUUUUUUGGAUAAGUAUGACAUAAAUGGGUGAAGAGAAUGUUGUGGAAGAAGGACUGCUAAGGAAACGGCCAUACGAACAUGAGGAGCAGAAGGGAGAUCUACACAGUGGUCAAGCAAAUGCAAAACAGGGACAGCUUCCUAGGGAGGGAGAGAAACAAAGGAGUAGCGAAGAGGAUGGCAUAUUGGAUAAUCAGGGAGAUGCUAAUGAAGAGGACCAUCAUCACUGUGAUGAGGAAAGAGUACCUGGAGAAGAGGAACCUCUCUAUGAGGGAAUAGCACUUACAGAGGAAGCACAAGAAAGAGGUCGAAAAUGCAAAGAGACAUUGGGGGAAAACAGAGAAAACCAAGGAAAUAAGAAGGAUCCAUUUGUGGAUAAAAAGGAAUGGAGAAACGAAUUCGUAUCAAAAAAAGGACAACUCAAAAAAAGAAAAAGUACAACCCACAAUUCUUCUGUCAGCAAUAUGAAGAAAUUUAAAAAUGUAUUUACAAAGUUGGAUCAAAAUGUGAAUAUAGCCUUUUCUUCUUUUUUGAAAUGCUACCAUAAAUGCUUUUUUAUACUAAACUUGCGAUUAUACGAAAAUGACAUGUUCAGAAGAAUUGUGUGGAAGGUAGCCCAGCGAAUUGUCCUAAGAGAAGAUAAUUACGUUAAGAGGAUUUACAGUGUGCAUAAAAAUUAUAUAGAAAAGGAGGGGCGAAGUCGAGUAGCUUGUCAUGGCAUUGCGGACGUAGAACAGAACGACUAUAUAAAAAAAUGCAUUUGCAAAGAACUGAAAGAAAAUAGCAUCCUAAGUUUAUACAAGAAGGCGAAACAGCGGGAUGAAAAUUUCAGCCAAAGCAUUGAUUAUCUCCAUUCCCUGUUUGACACAAGACUUUGCAUGUUGUCUCUUGAUUUCGAGCUGCAAAAUAUUAUUAUUGAAUUUUUAAAUCGCUGCAUGGAGUUUAUCAAGGAAUAUUAUCAGGAACAGGACCCCCGGUUUGUGAUAAUCAACAAAAUGAUGAAUGUGUACAGCUGUGUUUUUUCUCUUUUUUAUUUGCGUCUGAAUUCCUUUUCCGAAUUUCACACAAAUAAAUUGUCCAAAAUUUUGGGGAUUGAGAAGAAUGUUUUUUCGUACGAUGAUCAGGCCACUUGGCAUAUGCUGAACGUUUUCAAUUUUGUAAAUUUUAGAUACGGAUGUUCCUACAGAUUUCUGAACACCAUUUUUACUUCCUUUCAUGUGCUUGUUAAUGUACUGGUGAAAAUUGAUGCCCACGUGGAGAUGGACAGGAAGCGCAUAGGGAGAGGGAGGUGUAAAGGGGGGACGCAGAUCAGCUCAGCGAGAAACACACAUGCCAAUGUGACGCGACUUCCCAAUUACGAACAAGUACAAAAAAUCAUUGAGCGAGAAAAAAGGAAGAAGGUGAGGAGUAAAGGAGUGCUACAGUCAGUAGGUGGAGUGCGUUUUGGAAAAGGAAUUAUUUACAAAAUUGUAAACGAGGUGAAGAAAAAAGUUACCGUAAGUGGGAAACUCAAAAUAAAAAAUAGCAUUUUGGAAAACAUAAUUGGGAAGAGGAUGAAUAGAUAUUUUGUCAACCCUUUGGGGGAGGAGGUGGGCAUGAACAAAUUGGAGCGACGAAUGGGUGAAAUGUGUGACGCAAAGCGGAUGGAAGGAGUAGGAAGCGUGCUCAGCGGCACGUUCAGCAACCCAUUGAGCAGCCCGUUCUGCGGCGCGGAGAAGGGUCUCCGCGGGGGAUACUCUUCGGAUCCCCUGUCAGCAAUUCACACCAAGUCGCAGGUAGAAACGAUCGCCGCCGCGGACAGGUGCGCAGCCAGCAAAAGCAAAAUCGUUGUGAUGGCCAAGGGAGGGGAGUUUCAAAUGAGCCAGUUCAAAUACGGCAGCCGAAACCAACGCAUUUUACAGAGCUAUGGAAAAUUAAAAAAAAUUAAAAAAAAAUUGAAGAGAAAAAUAAACAAUGUGUGCUAUUUUAAAUACAUUGCCGUGAUAAACAAGAGUCAGAAUAAGAUUUACACGACGCUUAGUCGAACCUAUGCGCAUAUUUUGUUCAUACUUAUAUCAAUUUUGCACAUUGAAAAUUACAACAUUUUGCAUUUAAGAAAGAACCAUGAUUUUUUCUUGAACAACGAUAUAUACAACACGUACUAUCUAUUUUUGCACAUCUCGAGCAGCAUCAUUUUGUUACUUUCGUCCGUGUUAAAAACGUACUUGCAUUUUAAUCCCUCUGUGAGGUUAGAUAAAGAGGAGUUUACAGGGCCAAAGCUAGGUCAGACGAAUGGCCUGAUUGGCAUCGCGAAGCGUGGGAAGAGCGUACCAAGUGUCAGGGAUGAAGAUGGUAUGGCCAUCGAAAUGGCAAGUGAAGAAGGGGGGUACAGUUCGAGGCAGCAUCAUUUAUCACAAGACGGAUCAGCCAGCAGUAAGCGGAGCAGUAGGCGGAGCAGUGCUAGUAUGAGCAACCACACAAGUGACGAUAACGAUGGGAAGUUCCGCAUGGGCCAAAAGGAAGAGGAAAACACCAGGGGGUACCAAAUUUAUCUGCAAACUCUGCUGAACUUCAGCUCCAUCAACGUUCUAUUAAUGUCCAAAAAGAAACACAAUAAGAGGAACAAAAUGAAGAAGAACAAAUACAUAUUUAUAUUUUGCAAUUUAAUGGAAAAUUUAUUACAAAAUAGUAUGUUCUAUGUGGACCUUUUUAACAACUGUAAAAAUAGAGACGUGCUAGAAAUGAACGAUGUACUUUCGAAGCUAACGAAGCUGUGCAAGGAAAAUAACAUAAUGAAUGACUUCAUGCAAAUUAAGAAGGAACUAAUUUAUCAUUCCCUAUUUAAGUAUAUUCUUCAAGAGGAAUAUAUUAGCCAUUUUAACAUGGACAAAAAUGAACUGUACAACAUGAAUAAGUGUUCCUUGAAUUUAUUUUAUUUUUCUUUAAACAUUUUGUUAACCAUUUUUAACACUGACAUUUCGAUCCAUUUAGAAAGGAGUCUACAUAACAUUCACUAUUUUUAUCACGACAAUUUGUAUUAUGAAUUGAUUUUAAAUAAUGUCAAGCGGACUGUUCGUUACAUUAGAGAGAGUUCCAAGUCGUCCUUUAACUGUAUCUUUGCAUGUGUGCUGUACUACUUGUCUAGAUGGAAGAAGGGAGGCGGGAAAAUGCUAAAGGGAAAAAACAGUGAGGAGAAAAAUAUCUUCCUCAGGAGAAACACUUCCAAUCAGAGGUUUGCCUCUUCCUACAAUAUGGAAGAGGUAAAGGGAAGCCUCUUUUUUAAUUUGUUCUCCAAGGAAGAAUGCACAAAUGAUGCUAUGCUAACAGGCAGUGUUAAUAAUUGUUGGAAGGACAAGGAGGAUAGUCACCCAAAAUGCUAUAAUCACCCAGGUGAAGCUUCAUACGGCAUUUUUAAGACGCAUGAAGGGAUAACCCCUGGGAAUGACAAACAGGUUGAAAAAGAGGUUGAAAAAGAGGUUGAAAAACAGGCUGAAAAACAGGAUGAAAAAGAGGUUGAAAAAGAGGUUGAAAAAGAGGAUGAAAAAGAGGUUGAAAAAGAGGUUGAAAAAGAGGAUGAAAAAGAGGUUGAAAAAGUGGUUGAAAAACAGGAUGAAAAACAGGCUGAAAAACAGGAUGAAAAGCAGGCAGAAGAGCAGGCUGAAAAACAGGCUGAAAAACGGGCUGAAAAACAGACCACCCACUUGAAGGCGCAGCAAAGGAACGAAAGAAAAAUCAUCAGCAAAAUUGUGUACGACAUGAUAAACCCCUAUGUGGACAUAAAGCACAUCAAGGUGCAUAACAAAAUUUACAGAAACAACCACACGAUUAAUAGCCUUAUUAACAUUUGCUUUUCAUUUUUGUUUAACAAUUUCCUAUUUUUGAAGCCUGUUUAUCCCUUCGACAUCGUUUCAAAGGAGAAGAGUGAAAACGAAUCAUGCGGAAAGAAAAUAAGAACGACAAAUUACACGCUUGACAUAUUUAGCAUGAAAAUGAGUGACAUAAAGGCUGUGGAAUUAUUCCUCUCGCUGUACAUUCACAAGUACAUGCAGAGCAUAUGUCUAGAUGUGAAGAAGUUGGUUGAUUAUAAUACUUAUAUGAAUCAGUUUUUUUGGGUGUCCAACAGGAGGAGCGUGAGUGUCUCUUUCCCCAGCAGUGACUACGCGUAUUUGAACUACGCCUCGCGCAAUGUGUACUACACGUUUAAUGACUACAACGUUCUUCAGUUUUUGAUAAAUUUUAAGAGGUCCAAAAGCGAGGGAAAGGAAUUCAUGAUGUCCUUCGUGAAAGUGUUCGAACGGAUGAUCUCACUGGACGACGAAACAAGCGCAGAUUACACGGACCCCCUGACGUACAACGUCUACUUGGAUUACCUGAAGGACCUGUUCCUGAAUGACGACUACUACUAUGUGUGCUUUUAUGAGUACAUAAAGAAUGUGUACCUGGAGGACAACGAGGGGGGGUUCCAAAUUGAGAACUUCGAUUGUUACAUAAAGGAGCUUAAUGAGAUAAACCCGUACAAAAUAAAAGAAGAAAUGAAGAGAAAAUUUGAUGAAUAUGUGCAGAAAAAUUAUCUACUUUUGACUGUAAGGAGGAGCAGAAGAAGAAGAAGCGAAAGAGGAAAAAGAAGAAAAGGAAGAAAAAGAAGAAAAACUACUCCUUGCGAUGAUUAUACGCACCAAGAUGGUAAAGGCACAGGAGACGUACAGAAAUUAACCAUCCAAGGUGAGGAAAAAAUCAAAAUUGUUCUGAACAAUAACCCCUACCACUUCAAAAACGUAUACAGGGCGUACAAAAACCGGCUGUUCAACCUUGUAAACAAAAAAAGCAUUGACUAUCUGGAAUUAAUAAAAGUGCUAAAUAAAAAACAGUACAAUCAUUUUAGCAACAUGUUUUAUUCCUCGUUCAUUCACAUUUUGAGCGAAGUGAAGUAUGAUUAUAAUAAGCAAUACAAUUUUAAUAUAGCAAAAAUUAUGGACAAAUUAAACAUUGGAUUAAAGGCAUCUUUUUAUAACAAUAAAAAUGUAAUUUUGUACUACUAUACAUUUCAGCAAUAUUUUCAUUUGUACAAAUUUUUAGAAGAUAAAUAUUUUUCUGAAUUUGUCCUCCCAGAAUAUAUAUUAUUAAAUAUUACCUCCAGAUUUGUUAAUAAUUUUUUGUACAAUUCAAAUUUGUAUCGAAUUUAUUGCUUUUUGAAAUUUUUGUAUAUUCGAAAUGUGCUGAAGCAUACGGACAUUUUGUUGAAUUUUUUGCUUUACGUUUAUUAUAAAUAUUUCCAUUAUCAUUAUAGGGGGAAAGAUGAAUUUUCUCAUCAUUUUAUUGAUUUAUUUUUGAGCAUUCAUGAGGAAUCGUAUAACAACAGCUUGCUGGUCACCGAGCUUAAGGCGAAGGAGAGCUGUGUGGAGAACAGCCUACUAGGCAGAGGAAACCUUCUGGCGAAAAAUCCACUGGUAGGGGAAAUCCCCUUUGUUGCCUCAGCCAAAGAGGGACAAUAUGGAGACGAGAUAGACAGAGAAGGGGCAAAGUGUGAUGGGACAAACAACGAAAUAAUCGAAGCAGACGAAAUGUACAACGAUGAUAAUCACGAACUUAAGGGGGGUAACCAAACACAGAGCGCAUACCAAGAGAUUAAUAACUACCAUCUGGUGUUGUCAAAUUCGCAAAACAGAUUUAUACAUCUUUUAUUUUUUAAAAUAUUAACCAAUUGUGUCAAGUCCAAAAUUAAUAUCCUAAACGCGAAGAAUCUCUUCAACAAUCUGAACUUUUUCAUUUCGUCCUACGUUAAGUACUCCCUCUUUUACACCUUUGAAGAAAAAAAUAAACCCUUCAUGGAUGCCCUAAGGCAUAAGUAUUCUUUUUAUAAUUUCCAAGCGGUGAAGAAAAAUUUGACAUUUUACUUAAAAAAUGUCUACCUUAAGAGGGACCUUUUUAACAGCGACAUCUUGUCCUUCCUCAACAUAGAGUGUGCCGUGGAGAGGCCUCAUUCUAGGGAGGGGCUGUCCAAAAAAAAUAAAAAAGAUAUGCGAACUUUGGUGCAUCCCAAUCGAUUAACGACCAAUUUGGUACCUCCCAAAAUUUGGAGCAUGUUCAUGAAGGAGAACACUUUCCAGAGUCGCUACAAAGGUGCAGCGGAUUGGAGUAUCGGAAUGACGAAACUGCCAAUAGAAAAAGGACAAUCGGUGACAAAGAGAAGGAUGUGCAUGGUGUUGAAGGGAGCAGUAAAAACGAAAUGAAUGCAGGGAGACACAGAAGCUAACUGCGAGGAAAACUAUUGGGGCAAUAAUGUAGCGAAAAUUUUGACAGACGCGGAAAACCAAAUUGUUGGUGCACAAACCAUUAGGGUAAAAAGGGAGGUGGAGGAAAAAUACGCAAAUGUGGAAAGAACCAACCAGGUAGAUGCGUUCCAAAGUGAAAAAAAGGAGGAGCAAGAGGAGGAGGACGACGACGAGGAGGAAGACGAGAAGGAAGACGCGGAGGAGGAUAAGGAGGAACAGCAGGGAGAGGAAGAAAAAAGCAAUCCCCGUGAAGGAGAAGGCCCGAAUGAACAAGUCUCCUGCUUGAACAGCCUGGAAGACGCGAAAAAGGGAUCCCACACGAGGGAAGACCUCCUUGCGAACCAAAUUAAAAUAAAAAAAGAAGAACUGAGCGAUGGGAAUGAUACUAAGGUGUCAAUAGAUUCGCUAACCAAAGCAGACGUGUUGCAAAAACAAUUUUUUAAAAAAAGAAGUAGGAAAAAGAUUUCAAAAAAGUACUAUAUCAACAUCUUAAAGUUUUACUUAGCCAAUAGGGCGCAAGAGUAUGCUCUAAAUUAUGCGGAAUGCCAGAAGCUGGAGGACAAAUCGAUUUACUUGGUGUUUUUAUUUUUAGGAAAAAUUUUUCAAUUCCUUUUUAAUUCACUCCUAUCACAAAGCUGCCAUCAGAGCGGUGAAGAUCAAAAUGACAAUAAAAGAGAACGUGACAUGAGGGCGGAUGUGAAGGAUGCGUCGGAAUGGCCAGACAGCUCCUCUACGUAUGAGAGUCUUCUUCUGUACUUUAUGCUAAUUACCAUGUGUCAUUACGCGGACAGCCUAAUAUUUCUGAGCGUUCACUUUUUGGACCUUAACCAAAUCGGUUCCAAGCAAAGCGUCACACUGCAGGGUAACUCCCAGCAGAGCAGUUCUCAGAAGGGCACCCUGCAGCAACCCUGCCACGCGAAUGACGAGAACGCGGCUUUGUCCGCCAAGGAAGAACUGAACACGUAUAAUCUGGCCGGUGAACAGGAAAGGAACGAACCUGGGGAAGGGAAUCAAGAGGGCAACAAAAAUAAAAACGAAACUUGCGAUAGUGAUAUGAAAAAGCUAAAUUAUUGUGAGAAGUUACAAAUUGAGAGAAGCCCCGGAAAACACGAAGACGGUAGGAACAACAAUCGAAGUGGCUGUGAAAACCAUUUCGAGAAAAAAAAUUUUGUUUUGAAACCGUCGCUCAUCAGCACGAGCAGUUAUUAUAUGUGCAGAAAUGAGGCAGUCUACAUUAUGAAUGGAGAUAAGGAAAGCACACAAAUGAUCAUUCCGUUCUACAAAUACGACACAAGGUUGUCGGAUGAUCUGCUUAACCAUGUGAAGGAUCUAAAUUUAAGUGAAGGUGUUAAAUAUUACACGUAUGAUGUGAAUAAUAAUGGCAAAGGUUCUGGUUCUACACUUGAUGGGGGCUGCAGUGGAGAUGCUGCGAAAAGCUGCCGCAUGGCGGAGGCACUGAACAGGGGCGAACAGGCUGACCAUUUGGGGGAUCACUCCGCGAGUGGCAUAAACCGUGAUGAGAGUAACGAGGGAGAGAAUGAAGAAAAUGGAGAAAAUGAAGAAAAUGGAGAAAAUGGAGAAAAUGGAGAAAAUGAAAAAAAUGGAGAAAAUGAAAAAAAUGAGGCAGGCGAAGCAAAUGAGGCAAACGAAACAAACAUUUCAAGGAAGAUCAGUGACCCCCUCGACGAGGCCGACAUGUUAGAGCAUAACUCGAAGAAGAACUCAGGGACAUAUAACGGACAUGCAAAAAAUGGCACCCUCGCGCUUAGGAAGAAAAAACAAAGUUUCAAUAUGUGUGUGAAUUAUUACACCGAUUAUCACGAAAAUGGGAACUCGAAUAACUGCAGUUUUCCAUCUCUUUACAAUUCCUCCAACAGCAUGGAAUAUGAAGAUGCAAACACCGACAUGGAGGUCGCCGAAGGAGGACAAAAUGGAAGCAAGCACUUGAAGGAGAACAGCAUUCGAAAGGAUGUCACGGGUGAGGUGACGAAACAGGAGCAGAGGGACCAUGUGGGAAUUACCCCUCCGCAUGACACGUAUGAAAGAGAGCUGGACGAAAAGGAUAUGAACGAAUUCAAUUACGAUGUACACAAAUUAAAGGUGGUAAUAAAAAACAUCGAAAUUAGGUACGAAGAUGUCCUUAACGAUAUAGUCGAAGGUUUAAAUUUCAUUGCGGAGAAUAAAAACUGCGGAAAUUACAACUCACAAGCAGCUUACCAUCUGUGCAUCUACUAUUUUAUGAGAAAGAAUUACGCAAGGUGUAUUCAUUACAUGAAAUUUUUCAUCAGCAAAGGGAAUUUUAAAAUUUGGCAAAAUGAUUCCUUCAACCAGGACUACUACAAUUUAUAUUGCAAAAGAGUCCAAAGGAGUGAAUUUACCUUCAUCAAAUAUUUCACCAUUGUUCUUGAAGUUAGUAAAAACGUUUUGAAGAAUGUCCUAAGCAAAAUUUACGAAGAAAUGUUGUGUGAAAAUGGGAUUGUGGUGGAGGGGAAGGGGUUCACGGGAGGUAACUUGCCCUGGGUGGAUGACCCACUCCACGGGGAUGACACAUCCAUCACGGAUGACUUCCCCUGUGCUCAUUUGGGAAAAUUCCUAGUAGAUGAAAAAGUUUUAGAUUUAUUUAAGGAAGAAAAGGAGGAAGAUGCAUCGUUUGAAACGCCAGUCAAAAAAGGGGACGAAAGAAAAACGGACGAACGCAAAGCGGAAGAAAGCAAAACGGAAGAAAGCAAAACGGAAGAAAGCAAAACGGAUGAACACAAAACGGAAGAAAGCAAAACGGAUGAACACAAAACGGAAGAAAGCAAAACGGAUGGAAGCAAAACGGAUGGAAGCAGGACAAAAGAGCCGAAAGAAACCAAUGUAAAUGAAUAUAAGAGCUCCCCCAAUAAGGAAAACGCGAUCGAUAUGAAGGAAAGGCCCAUUCUGAACGGCAUCACAAGUGAUAAGAAUGACCCUGCUGAGGUGGCAGAAAGGGAAGAAGUGGCAGAAAGGGUAGAAGUGGCAGAAAGGGCAGAAAGGGCAGAAACGGCAGAAGUGACAGAAACGGCAGAAGUGGCAGAAGUAGCAGAAGUGGCAGAAACGGCAGAAGCGGGCAAUAGUGUGCCCAACCAAAAGAAGAACAAAUUGAGCGAAAUCGAAAAUAAGUGGAUAUAUUUAGGGUACGACCAUUUGGACCACUUAAACGAAAUUUACGACAUAUUAAAGAUCCUGUUCGAAAUUUACGUGUACAUAGGUAAGACAAUUAAAAGGUUUAACGACUACAAGGUGUUGGAAGAAGCAACCGUCAUAUAUGGCUACAACAUUUCAGUAAUUAAUGUUCUUUUCAAAAUUAUUACCGAACAUUUAUGCUUCCUUUUCGAAGUACUGUGUUAUUUUACUCCACACAUUUUGGUUUAUCCAAUCAUUUUGUUAUUCGCCAAUGAUGGGAUGAUGACUUGUACAGUCUCAGGGGGGAAUUCUGAAAAUGUGACGGAAACUCCUCCCAGGAGUACCACCCCGGUUAGCAGCAAAUACGCGUAUUUAAAACGAGCCGCAAAUAAUGAAGAGUUAAUAUGCAACAGUUCAAGUGCCUCACUAGAUUUGAGAAUAUUUAAGCUAUUCAGAGAAUUCCUAGCGAAUAAAUCUGCCACCAUGCCAGCCAAUCUAUCCACAAGGAUGCACAGCGUCUUUCUGCUGACGUGUAAAAAGGUCUUGUAUUACCAAAAGAGCGAACAGGACAUAAUUAAAAACUUAAGUUCGUAUAGCAGGAAGGGGAACAAAAAAAAGAAGGAAAGUAUAAUAAAAUUUGUGGACAACGCCCUUAACAACGGAAAUAAAACAAACUUAUCCGACUUUUUAAAUUUAUUUAAGAAUGGAAAAUUGCUUAACUGUACCAACUAUUUGAACUGUGAAAAUAUUAAAUUUUUAACGAGCAAGCUGAAUUAUAACUCCAGCUGUACAGAUAUGAAUAAAAGUACGCAGCUAAAUCAUUUGGACAAUAACAGUGUCGAGAAGGCAACCUCUCAGGUAGAUAAAGAAAAUACCAUUUACACUGCCAACGAUGUGGGGAAUGACCUUCCAGCUGAAGUUAACACAUCCAUGUUGAGUAACAACGAUUCUGUGGAUGAACAGAGAAGCAAAGAAUGGGUCCUUUAUCAUAUAAAAUUAAACAGCGAUAAGCAUAUUUUCCUGUACGACGAUUAUGAUAUCUUUAACAAUAUAAAAACGAAAAAUGAGGCAUUAAAUUGCGUUAACUCUAUGUUAUCGGAUAAAAAUUCUGCGACCAAAAAGGGAGAAACGUCUAACCUGAAGAAGCGGAAGGCCAUGGAUUCGACCAUGACGGAUGUGAAGAACUCCAUACGAGAGCGAGAUUUAAGGCGGCUGAAUAGGGAAAAAAGCAAAGUUGUGUAG